GACUUGUUCUUGUCUUCUCUCUCUUCUUCCAUAUUUUUAACUACCUCUCUCUCUCUCAACCAAGAAGGUCUCUAUCUUCUCGAGGCCAAGCGAGGCCUGGACGACGCUGGCAAUGCGCUGGCCGACUGGAACCCCCGCGACGCCACCCCGUGCAACUGGACCGGCGUGUUCUGUUCCCCUCCCCUCACCCCUUCCUCCGACCCCAUUGUCACCUCCGUCAACCUCUCCGCCAACAACCUCGUCGGGCCCUUCCCCGCCGCCCUCUGCCGCCUCCCCUCCCUUGCCUCCCUUUCCCUCUCCAACAACUACAUCAAUUCCUCCCUCCUGGACUCCUCCCUCCGCCCCUGCUCUUCCCUCUCCCACCUCAACCUCUCCCUCAACAACCUCGUCGGCCCCCUACCCGCCGCACUCGCUUCCCUCCCUGCCCUCCUCUACCUCGACCUGUCGUCGAACAACUUCUCCGGGCCGAUCCCUCCCUCCUUCGCUGACUUCCCUCGUCUCGAACGCCUCUCGCUUGUCAACAACCUCCUAAACUCCGCCAUCCCUUCUUUUCUUUCCAAUGUCUCCACCCUCCGCGAGCUCAACCUCUCCUACAACCCCUUCACUCCCGGCCCCAUCCCCGCCGAGCUCGCCCAACUCCACUCCCUCGAACAGCUCUGGCUCGCCAGCUGCAAUCUUAUCGGCGAAAUCCCCGAACUGGGCCGCCUCGCCAACCUCACCAACUUCGACCUCUCCACCAACUCCCUCUCUGGACCCAUUCCGCCGAGCCUCACCCAACUCUCCAGCGUCGUCCAGAUCGAGCUAUAUCACAACUCCCUCUCCGGGCGCAUCCCUUCGGGCUUCUCGAAGCUCGCCAAUCUCCGUCAGAUCGAUGCCUCCAUGAACCAGCUCGAGGGUCCGCUCCCCGAGGACAUCUUCGACGCCCCUCUGCUCGAAAGCGUCCACUUUUUCGAUAAUCACCUCACCGGCAGCAUCCCCGCCCGCUUGUCUCGCGCUUCGAACCUCGUUGAUCUCAAGCUCUUCCGCAACCGGCUGGAUGGCUCGCUUCCGGCGGAUUUCGGCAAGAGCUCCCGUCUGGUGUCUCUUGAUCUCUCCGACAAUUUGCUUUCUGGGGAGAUCCCAGCGGGUAUCUGCGACCAUGGCGUGCUCGAGGAGCUCCUCUUGAUCGAUAACUUCUUCGGCGGGAGCUUGCCAGAGGGUCUCGGACGCUGCCGGACGCUCACACGGGUCCGACUCACGAACAACCGGCUCUCCGGCGAGGUCCCGGCCGGCAUGUGGGGCCUGCCCCAUAUCUGGCUUCUCGAGCUCAAAAAUAAUUCCUUUUCCGGUGGGAUCUCUCCGGUGAUCUCCAACGCGGCAAACCUCUCCAACCUCGUCAUUUCCGAUAACCAGUUCAGUGGCGGUAUCCCAUCGGAAAUGGGAGCUCUGUGCAAGCUAUAUGAGUUCUCCGCGUCGAACAACCGGCUGACGGGGCCCCUGCCGUCGUCGCUUGGCAACUUGGCGGAGCUCGGCCAGCUUAACCUCCGCAACAAUUCCCUUUCCGGAGAGUUGCUCAGAGGAAUCGAAUCAUGGAAAAAGCUCAGCGAGCUGAACCUCGCUUAUAAUGACCUCGCCGGUGGGAUACCGCAGGAGCUCGGCGACCUACCGGUGCUCAACUAUCUCGACCUCUCAAACAACAUGCUCACCGGCGAGAUCCCUGUCCAACUGCAGAACCUGAAGCUCAACCAGUUUAACGUAUCCAACAAUCAGUUGUCGGGAUCUCUUCCUCCCUUGUUUGCGAACCAAGUCUACCGCAAUAGCUUCUUAGGCAACCCUGGACUGUGUGGGGACUUGUCGGGGUUGUGCCCUGCUUCGGAGGGAAGCAGGGCUCGCCAUGGUUUCGUCUGGUUGCUCUGGGCGAUCUUCAUUCUCGCGGCGCUGGUCCUGGUCGUUGGGGUGGCGUGGUUCUACUGGAGGUAUCGGAACUACCGGAGGUCCAAGCUGGGAAUGGACAAGUCUAAGUGGACGCUGACCUCGUUCCACAAACUAGGAUUCAGUGAGUAUGAGAUCCUGGACUGCCUCGACGAAGAUAACGUGAUCGGCAGCGGGGCCUCCGGGAAGGUAUACAAGGCGGUCCUCAGCAAUGGAGAGGCAGUUGCGGUGAAGAAACUCUGGGGAGCAUCGAACAGGGAUGCGGACAAUGUAGAAAAUCAGAUAGUUGAUGACCAUUUCGAAGCGGAGGUUGCGACUUUGGGAAAGAUCAGGCAUAAGAACAUCGUGAAGCUAUGGUGCUGCUGCACCCACAAGGAUUGCAAGCUUUUGGUCUAUGAAUACAUGCCAAAGGGAAGCUUGGGGGACAUGUUGCACAGCAGCAAGGGAGGGCUUCUGGAUUGGCCGACGAGGUAUAAGAUUGUAGUGGAUGCGGCGGAGGGGCUCUCCUAUUUGCAUCAUGAUUGUGUGCCACCGAUCGUGCAUAGAGAUGUGAAGUCGAACAACAUCCUGUUGGAUGGGGAGUUUGGAGCACGGGUGGCAGAUUUCGGGGUUGCAAAGGCAGUGGAAGCGAUCGGGAAGGGGCCAAAAUCUAUGUCAGUUAUUGCGGGUUCAUGUGGAUAUAUCGCCCCAGAGUAUGCUUACACUCUUCGGGUGAAUGAGAAGAGUGACAUAUACAGCUUCGGUGUCGUCAUUCUGGAGCUCGUGACAGGGAGACUCCCUGUGGAUCCAGAGUUUGGGGAGAAGGACCUGGUGAAGUGGGUAUGCGGCACAGUAGAUCAGAAGGGUGUGGAACAUGUGAUCGACCCUAAGCUUGAUGUGUGCUUCAUGGAGGAGAUCCAAAAGGUCCUCAAAAUAGGCCUUCUUUGCACCAGUUCUCUCCCCAUCAACCGCCCUUCUAUGAGAAGGGUGGUGAAGAUGCUGCUGGAAGUGAGUCCCGACAAGGCUAAGCCCGAGAAGAGGGAUGGAAAACUCUCCCCCUACUACUACGAAAUCGCAUCCGAUCAGGGGAGUAUUGUUUGAAGACGAAGGCUUUUCAUCCUGGCUGAUGUUGGGAAGCUUCAUUUCAGUUUCCGUCCAAGUUUUCUGUAAUUUGCUUUCAAGGAAAGUGAUUCAACUUAUCCGGUGGAAGACUUAUGAGGCAGGUAAGAAAUAUUGUGAACGGAUUCUCCGUAUGCUCCUUUUCUUGUAGCUCAUGGAGCUCUGAAGGAGGGGAAAAAAAAAAAAAAAAAGACACUUCCUUUAGGCAUCAUGCUAUUUGCUACUUUGUUCUGGUUGCUGCUGGCACAGGAUUCGUGCCACCAGUCAAGUGUUAAGCAACCUUAGAUUGUACAAUCUGUUUGAAUUCUUGAAUGACGCCAUGUGUGAAAGAGUUGGAAUGGCAUUCACUUU